AUGAAUGAGGGCUUUGCUGUCGGUGAAGAAGAAAAGGUCUUGAUAAAACACUUCGCGCUCAGCGGGGUGAAGGGCAAUAUGUACAAAAUUCUGGAGCUUUCAGCGACCGCGAACCGCCAAAUUUGUGGCUCGACCAGGCCUGAGCGAGUAACAAACAAGGCCAUGUAUCUAGCUUGCCGCUGCCAUAUCAAGGAGGUGGAUCGAAUACGACCAAAAGCUCGGAUAAGCUAUGGCAGCGAACCACCCCUCCAAACACUCGUGGCUCUUAGGCCAACAUGGCAGAAAGAUAUCAAACGCCAAGGCCAAACUAAGCAAAUGCAGUUCGGCGCUGGCUGGGUACUUUCCCAAGUUCGGAAAAGGUUCAGACGAAACAACUCAUGGUCGUGGUUACAUGGUGAUCGUUUGUUGUUGAUGGAUAUUCCAGAGAACCAAUACUGGGAUUGCUGCAUGCUACAACAAAUAGCAAAAUUUGCUAAAUUGGAUCCAUGGCAUGCUCCGUAUUCUUCUCUUUGCCUGCUCAUCAUAACCGAAUCCGUGCUUUGA